AUGGAAGUCGCAGAAAUGCUCGUGCGUAGAAGGAUUGACAUCUGCUGCCUUCAGGAAACACGAUGGAAAUCGAAUGGUGUUUGUCAUGUCAACUCAGACAAAGAAAACUAUAAACUAUUCUGGAAUGGUCAAAAGACGGCCAAAAAUGGUGUUAGAAUUUUUGUCAGAGAACCGCUAUCCCAAAAAGUACUGGACAUUAAAAAGAUUAAUUCACGUCUCAUGUGGAUCAAGCUUCGCAUAGAAAAGCAAACAAUGAUUAUUUUUUCUGCAUAUGCACCACAGACAGGCGAAUCAGAAGAGAUGAAAAAUGACUUCUGGGCUGCGUUCUCUGACACCAUCUCAACAAUACCAAAAUCUAAAACAAUCUUUAUUGGAGGCGAUCUCAAUGGCCACGUUGGAGAAAACAAAUGUUUUUGA